ACCGACCGGGCGGGGAGAAACGGCCGCCCCCGACUAGCGGCGGCGGCCUACCCGGGCCCAGCGGCGGCGACUCCGUUUUUGAGUUUGUCGCUGCCGGGCCCGGGCGGGUGAGGCUGCCACUCCAUGGGGAGGCCGGAGAGCCCCCCGCAGGCUGAGACCCGCUGUCCGCUGUGGGCGCUGCCUGAAGAACUGCUGCUGCUCAUCUGCUCGUACCUGGACGCGCGGGCCUUGGGCCGCCUGGGCCAGACCUGCCGCCGCCUUUGUCGCUUCACUUCCCGGGAUGUGCUCUGGAGGCGCCUCGCUCGUUCCUGCCUCAACGCAGGCUUCAGCGCGCUCGGCGCCGACCUAGCAGCUGGUGUUCCAGUGAAAGAGAGGGUCAAGGUUUCUCAGAACUGGAGGCAUGGGCGCUGUCGGAGAAUCUCGCUCCUCAGAUGGAAACGCAAUUUACUGCCCUGGAUGCAGCUAGAUGGUGACUACCUCUACCUAUCUCAGGCAGAAGACAUUCAGGUUUAUUGGCUCCAUCCCAAUGGCACCAGCAUGCAACACUGUCCUCAGGCAGUCUUCUCUGGCCACCAGGAGGACGUGUGCCGCUUUGUGCUUGCUAAUGGCCAUAUUGUCAGUGGAGGAGGAGAUGGCAAUAUUGUCCUCCAUAAACUGAAUGGCUCCUUCAGCUUCAAGUUCUUGGGGCAUGAACAGGAAGUGAACUGCGUAGACUGCCAAGGAGGCAUCGUUGUGAGCGGUUCCCGGGACAGGACAGCAAAGGUUUGGUCGCUGUCACCAGGCAGAACUGGGCAGUGUCUUCAUACAAUACAGACUGAAGACCGGGUCUGGUCUAUUGCCAUUAGUCCAUUAUCAAGUUCAUUUGUGACGGGAACAGCAUGCUGUGGACAUACUUCACCUUUGAGAAUCUGGGACUUGGGGAGUGGGCAACUGGUCACUUGCCUUGGAACAGAAUUCCACCGAGGCGCUGGAGUCUUGGAUGUUCUCUAUGAAACACCUUCCACCUUGCUCUCCUGUGGGUAUGAUACUUACAUCCGGUACUGGGACUUAAGGACAAGCACAAGGGAAUGUGUGAAGAAAUGGGAAGAGCCACAUGACAGUGCCUUGUACUGCAUUCGGAGCAAUGGCAAUCACAUGAUCGCAAGUGGCUCUUCUUACUACGGUGUGGUCCGUCUUUGGGAUAAACGGCAAACCAGGUGCUUGCAGAGCUUCUCCUUGUCAUCACCCGUCAGUAGUCCUGUGUAUUGCCUGCGCUUCAGCACCACCCAUCUCUACGCUACCGUGGCAUCUGCACUGUAUGCCCUUGAUUUCACCACCUCCUGACACAGAUUGGCCUGGACUCCAGAUUUGAUGCCCAGCUCAGGAAUCACCAAGAAGAGAUAACGUCAUUGAGACAAGCAGCCUGAAAGUCACACUAAGUGCUAAGGAGGACGCCAUGGAGGGGAGUUCACCUGCCUUCUGAUUUCAAUAGAGGCUCAUGUCUCCUUCCAAUUCUUUUAUCUUGCACAUUUUGCGGUUCGCUGUUACCCUUUAAAUUUCUCUGAAGGCAUUGUUCAGUAAACUUGAGAAUGUGUGCAUUUUGGGGCGGGGGAUAUCAGCAUAGAUUCCAUUUUGACCUCUGCGUGCUGCAAGUCCAACUGUACUGAAAUCAGUUGGAUUUAGUUUAGGAAGAACUGACUGUACCCUAGACAGUGAAGAGGGGGUGAAGAGCCUUUUACUCCUGCUUUACUGAUAUUCAUCACUGCCUCAUAAUUGAGCACUGGGCUAUAAGAGCAAAGCCUAGCUGGCUCUGUAUAAUUGUACCAAAUUAACUAUUGCCAUCUGGCAGCAUAGAAAGAGUGAUUCAUUAGAUUGGUUCUGUCCGGUCAAUGUGUUGAAUAAAUUGUCGAAGUGGAAUGCAAGAA